AUGGAGUUCGAUUUGGAUCCUUUAGAUGAUAUUCUGACUGGUGCUGUUACGAAGAACGCUAGGGCUGGUGGCAAGUUUCAACCCAAGGCCAAACCCAGACCUAGAAAACUAUCAUCUUCUUCUGUUCCUUGUACACAAUCUCUUAGUGUCGUUGAGAAUGAAUGUACUGAGACUCUCAGGGAUGAAAAUGAAGAUUCUUUUUCAGGAGUUCAUUUCUCAAAGGACAUUAGAAGCUCUGAAUUAGGGAACCCCUCAUCAGAACAUGUUGCAAUUCCUGAGGGUGAUGGAGACUGGCAUUCUUAUUCUUGCAUUGAAAAAUCAGCAGGAGAGAAUGUAGACAUUUUUCUUGGGUUGGAAUCACUUGAUGAUUUGCUUUGUCGACCUGAAACUGUAAUGGAUUUUGCACACCUUGCUUCAUGUAAGAGUAUUCUAUGGGCAGUGAAUGCUGGACGUAGGUCUUCUCCUGAGGUUGACAUGAGUGCCCAAUUGGGGAACCAUUACUCUGCUGCUUCAUGUUCUGUAAGUACUAUUGCAGAACAUACUCUUCCUCAUUCAGAGCCAUCAAAUGGCCGUGUUUCCGAUAUGAGGAAUGCAGAAGGAGGACUAGGUACUCCAGUGGUUUAUCCUGUCAAUGACACGGCGGGGAACUUUGAUAAUGCCCCUGCUCCCACAUGUACUCAGCUUCCUGCAGCUCAAUAUAGUUUGACCUGCAGGGACACUCCUGUUUCUAAUUGUGAUGGAGAUUUUCAUAUCGAUAAUACAUGGUUGGAAACAGAGGUUCAGGAAGCAGACAUUUUUCCUGGCUUGGAAACACCAGGUGUUAUCUCUGAGAUGACCAAUAGAUCCGGACGGCGGACUGGCAAAUACCAACCCAAGCCCAAGCCACAAAUUCCUAUAAAGAAACAUGCUGCUAGCAUUCCUAGUGAAGAACCGGUCCAGUCUGUUUCGUGUCCUGUGGAUGGGGGCUCAGCGCCAUUAUUGCAACCUUAUGAUGCUAUUGAUUUAUCAUCUGUUGGAUUCAGCGAUUCUAUUCCCCUUGAUCCUACAUUUGAGCUCCCUGUGAAUGAAGAAAUGGCACAUUGUACAGAGAUUUCUCAUUCAAGGGAUGCCAUCCAUGGAGAACAAUCGGAUAGUGUUUCUGAAUUGCCUAGAAAGGCUUUUCGGAGAGCUGAAAGUGGAAAGACAAAAGCUCCUACAGUACCAGGUCAUUCUCCAAAACACCAAAAAGCAUCUACUUUGGGUCAGGAAGGUGAAGCUGGUAAAUCAAUUCGGCAGAGGAGAAAGCGGAUAAAUGCAUUUGAACUUAUAGACGAGCCUGAGGACGAGGCCCUUGACGAUGUGGAGUUUGCAGCUGGAGAUCUUGCUGGUUCUGUUAUAAAUGAGAAUGAUGAUGAUGAUGAAUAUCAAAAGGAAAAUGAAUCCCAAAAUAAAAAAGUGCGGAGAAAGUCCAAGAAAAAUGUUUCUGAGACAGAAAAACCAUCUCAAAAGCGUAAGAUGGAUGGUGAAGAGUCAGAUAAGUCAGCUAAAGAGCCUCGUAAAAAGUUCUCUCAUUCUACUAGGAGAAGUAGAAGACGAGUGGACAAGGUUUUACUUGAAACCCCAGAGGAUGAGAUUGACUUCCAAAAGUUGCCUAUAAGGGAUCUUAUUCUUCUCGCCGAAUAUAAGGAACGGACAUCAAACAAAGAGGCAACUACAUCAGAAACACCCUUAAUGAAUCAGAGUUCUGGUCAGUUGAACUAUGAACAAGAAAAUCCAACGGCUCAAGAAAGUUCUGCCUACUUUAAUUAUCAGUCUUAUAUGGAUAAGACACCCAUUGCAAGGGAGCAAAAAUUUCUGCGUCUAUGGGUCAUAGAGCCAACAAUUUCUGAAGUUAUAAUAAAAGCAGCAACCAGAUCCAAAGGUCGACUGAAUUUCAAGGCUUGUCUGUCCUUCAUUUUCUUGAAACCCACACAGCCUAAUGCUCCAUUUUCGUUUGGUAGGAGCAGUGUUUUGAAAAGCUCGCCUAGGCGAGAAGCGAGGCGAGGCGAGCUUAUCUCGCCUGGAGGACCCCAGGCGAAGCGAACGUGA